AUGCCCCAGGCUUCACAGAGGUUAGCUCAAGUCCAGCGACAGUUCUCGUCGUCCACCGCUCGGCGAAGGGAAAUCCAGGAUGCCUAUAUUCUCAGUGCGGCCAGAACUCCCACCGCGAAGUUCAAUGGUUCGUUUGUUACAGUUCCCGCUCCACAGCUCGGUGCAGUUGCAAUCAAAGCUGCCGUUGAGAAGUCGAAGAUUCCAAUGGAGAAAAUAACAGACGUUUAUAUGGGAUGUGUGCUACAAGGCUCCGUGGGCCAGGCACCUGCCAGGCAAGCGUCGAUGUUUGCUGGAUUACCUUCCUCUGUAGAAGCACUCACCGUCAACAAAGUGUGUGCUUCGGGUAUGAAAGCCGUGAUUCUUGCCGCACAGAACAUCCAGCUGGGUCUUGCUGAGGCGCAGGUUGCCGGUGGAAUGGAAAAUAUGUCCCGCGUGCCUUACUAUUACCCACGUGCAAGUCAGCAGCCAGCUUUCGGAAAUGCUACGAUGGAGGAUGGGUUGAUCAAAGAUGGCCUGUGGGAUGUAUACAACCAAUUCCACAUGGGGGUUUGUGCAGAAAACACCGCCAAGAAAUACAAUAUUACGAGGCAAGAGCAGGAUGAGUAUGCGGUUCGUUCAUAUCAACGUGCGCAGGCCGCCUGGAAAGAGAACAAAUUUGCAGAUGAAAUUGCCCCCGUAACCGUCAAAAGCAGGAAGGGCGAAGUUGUCGUUUCUCGCGAUGAGGGCUUUGAAGAUCUUCGUGCCGACAAGAUGGCCAGUCUCAAACCCGCUUUUGUUCGCGAUGGCACGGGAACUGUCACGGCUGGAAAUGCAUCAACGUUUAAUGAUGGUGCAUCUGCAUUGGUUAUCACCAAUGAGGCCUUGGCCCGCGAACACAGCUCGGGAAAUCGGGUCCUCGCCCGUAUUGUGUCGUCUGCCGAUGCCGCAAUUGACCCUGUCGAUUUCCCAGUCGCACCCGCCAAGGCCGUUCCGAUUGCCCUUGAGCGAGCUGGUCUCACCAAGGAUCAAAUCUCCAUCUGGGAAUUCAACGAAGCAUUUGCUGCAGUGAUCAAGGCGAACGAAAAGAUUCUCGGCCUCGAAAAUGCCAAUGUCAACCCUCUCGGCGGUGCCAUCUCCCUUGGCCACGCCCUCGGUAGCUCCGGCUCACGUAUUCUCACCACCUUGCUCCACCAGCUGAAACCUGGCGAAUAUGGCUGUGCCGCGAUCUGCAACGGUGGUGGUGCCGCUACUGCGAUUAUUGUGCAAAGAGUUGAAAAGAUUUAG